AUGUCGAUGUGGAUGUCGGACAGCCAAAAAAUUGGAGUUGUCUUCUGCUCUGGCGGAGGCUUCUUCCUCAUCGGAGGUGUGAUGCUGUUCUUUGAUAGAGCCAUGCUUGCCAUGGGAAAUAUCCUUUUCCUCAUCGGCUUGACAAUCAUCAUCGGACCUCAAAAGACACUCCUCUUCUUCGCUCGAAAGCAAAAGGCUAAGGGCACCGCCGCCUUCUUCCUCGGCUUGAUCCUCAUUCUCAUGAGAUGGACAUUUAUCGGCUUCCUCGUCGAGGCGUACGGCAUAGUCAUCCUGUUUGGAGACUUCCUCGGUACGAUUGCUAGCUUCGCGCGUGGCCUUCCCGUCGUGGGGCCCUAUAUCGGAAUGCUCGUCGACAGGAUUGGUCUUGGUCGACGCAACGCCGAGCUUCCUGUCUAG